UCUCUCCAGCUCGCUUUCUCUUUCCUCCCUCUUUAUUCCGAGCAACCUCGCUCACUGUCAUCCGGAUCUCGCCGCUGACUGGAAUCCAGAUUUUCCUUUUAUCUCCUCAGGAGGGAGGCGGCAUUGUCAUCUCUGUGGACUGGAGAGUCAUCUUUGUUCAUUCAAGGAGUUGGGAUAUAGGUUAGUGGGCCUUUUUUUUAGUGUGAGAAGGAGUGAUGCCUUCCUAGCAUUUCAGGUGCUAUGUCGCCUCUUGAACUCUGACGUCUCCUACGGAAGCCCGGACCGAUCAUAAAAAGGAGACUGUUAAGGGGGGGGGGGAUUGCUUUAUUCGCCGACAUGGACAUCAAUCUGCAGUCGCAUCGCUUCUACUUCCCGCAGAUUUACUGCGCUGAGCCGGGGACUCAACCGCAGCUAAGCGAGUUUAAAGUCAGCGAGCAGAGCAUCUGCCAGGCGAGGGCUUCGGUCAUGGUCUACGACGACACCAGCAAGAAGUGGGUGCCCAUCAAGCCAGGCCAGCAGGGCUUCAGCCGCAUUAACAUCUACCACAACACCCCUAGUAACACCUUCAGGGUGGUGGGCGUCAAGCUGCAGGACCAGCAGGUGGUUAUCAACUAUUCCAUUGUCAAAGGGCUGAAGUACAACCAAGCCACGCCAACUUUCCACCAAUGGAGAGAUGCUCGGCAAGUGUAUGGCCUCAACUUCGCCACCAAGGAGGAGGCCACCACCUUUUCCAACGCCAUGCUCUUUGCGCUCAGCGUGCUCAGCGCCCAGGAUGGAGGUCCAGCUGUGCAGCGCCAAGUCCAAAAUGGACCAAGCUCCGAAGAAAUGGAAGCCCAGAGAGCAAGGCAAAUGAUAGAGCAGCAACAGCAGAUCCAGGCCCAAAUGGAGCGGGAACGACGCUCAUCCAACUCAGGUUCUCCUUUCCAAGGCCACCCAGCCGUGCUCUCGGUGGCGCCCCCCGUCGUACCUCCUCCCGCGUGCAUGGCGGCGGGACCGCCGCCUCCACCGCCACCACCUGGACCUCCUCCGCCAUCGGCCGGGGCUCCACCGCCGCCACUGCCUCCCCCGCUAAACAACCAAGGGGAGGAGCAGCCAGCCCAGACGGGCCUUGCCGCCAUGAUCGCCGGCGCCAAGCUGCGGCGCGUCCAAAGACCGGAAGAGAGCUCGUCCAGCUCGUCUGCUUCGUCCAGUAGCAAAAACACAGAAGUCAAUCGGACGAGCGGCGGCAACGGAGGACUGAUGGAGGAGAUGAACGCCCUUUUGGCCCGAAGAAGAAAAGCAGCUUCAGAGAAGCCAGAUGACAACCAAAGUGACGACCCAAAUUAUCCCUCACCCAGCACCCGGGGAAGUCAAAACUCUACAGACGGAGCAAAAAAGCCGUGGGACAGGGCCAACUCUGCGGACAAGGCCAUGGCUCCAAGGGUACGGCCUGCAGGGAGUGGUGCCGACGGAGAUUCGUUAGACAUGGAUAGAAUGAAACAGGAAAUCUUGGAAGAAGUGUUCCGCGAGUUGCACAAAGUGAAGGAAGAAAUUAUUGACGCCAUUAGACACGAGCUCAGUCGAGUGAGCACGACAUAAUGUCAACUAUCCGAAGAGGGGGGGAGAAGAAGUAGGGCCCAAACUGUGACGUCCACUGUGGUGUUGAGGAGUCGCCAUAGCCGCCAUGUUUUUGCGGCGUGUAUUGACUUGAGCGGAGACGUGUGUGUGCGUUUGUGUGUCGAGAGACUGUCUCUUAUUUACAUUUGUCUCUUUGUUGCCCCUUGGUCUUUGGCCUGAAAGACAUGGAAAAAAAAAUCAAUAUAUUCAAAUAGUUUUAUGGUGUCAAGGAGUUUGUUAAACACUUAAAAAAAAACACAUCAUUGCCCUUACUAUCAUAUUCUUCAUUAAACUAAUCCCUCAUUCAUUUUCCAUAGCACUUAUCCUCAGUAGAGACUGGAGCUAUAAACAAGCUAACAUGCAUGUUUUUGGAAUGUGGGAAGAAAACACAGUACACUAACAUCAUGAAAACUCCUCACAGGCAAGACCAGAGCCGGAAUUCAAACCCAGACCCCCAGAACUGUGAAACGGGAAUGAUCGCUUCAAAAUUACUGUGCUGCCCAUAAAAAGUGAUUACUGUGUAUUGAAAUACUUUUAUUGUCGCCAGUCAUUUUAUACUUAUUACCCCUAAUGUCAUAAUUCUUUGAGGGGUUUAGUCUCUAAUGAGAAUAUGAUAGUAAAGAUUGCACGUUUUCAUCAAUUUGCUUUUAUAUCCAAAUCGUUCUCAUUUUUAAAAUUAUUUUAUUUUACUUUUUUUAACCAUAACAGUAAAAUGUUGCUUUGGACUUACAAGCACUAUUUUUUUUAAACACAAAUAACAACACACCAGGAUAUUUGUGAUUAUGAUGUAAAAAAAAGUUUAUUAGCUGCAAAGUACUGUUCAUUGUUCUCUUUAUGAUGACAAAUUGCUUCCCUGUUGAAAAACUGAAGAAAAGGGGGAAAAUGCACUGUUUUGAAAUAAAUUCAAAUAAAACUUAGAUAACCUUU